AUGCCCACCCAAUCUACCCCACAUACAUUGGGCGAAGUUAUACAGUCGUCAAACGUUUCAGAUCAGAAUCCACCUCCUCCGAUUCAUGAUCAACAUUACCCACCUUUUCCAUAUAUUGCUCACGCUCACCCUCCUCAUAACCACUUUAACCAACCAGCCAGUUACUGGUACCCACCUCCCGGUGUUCCCUAUCACCAACCUCCAGGUGUAACCUAUCACCACUGGCCCCAUCCUGCUUACCUUGCACCCCCUUUCACUAAUAUUUCUAUCAACGUUCCUCAAAGUGUCCCCGUUCCACCUAUUCAUACCACCGUUUCGCCUAUUCAAACCGUUUCUUCUGUUCAAACCGUUUCACCCAUUCAAACUGUUUCACCUAUUCAAGCCGUUCCAUCUAUUCCAAUUCAUACCGUUUCGCCUGUUCAUACCGUUUCCUCUCUUCAAAACGAUCCACCUAGUCCUAUUCAUACCGUUUCACCUAUUCAUAACCGUUCUGCCAACUCUUUUAACAUCUACUCCUAUUCAAUCGACACAAAGUGA